GUAAUCUCGGCUUUCCCCGGAGACGCAUCCAAGCCCGGUGUAACUUUUGUGGUGACGUUGAUGAAGUGAGGGCAGUUUUUCAGAUUUUUCCUGCACAUCACCAAGAGAAAAUCAACCGAAAUGGGCAUCGCAGAGGCCCUGAGUAUCGAUGGGCUGCUCAAUGAUGUCCAGCGAAUGGAUAAACGGCAGUUCCUCUAUCAACUGCUGAGCUUUGGGAUGAUCGUCUCGUCGGCUUUAAUGAUCUGGAAGGGACUGAUGGUGGUCACUGGUAGCGAGUCUCCAAUUGUGGUGGUUCUCAGUGGAAGUAUGGAACCUGCUUUUCACAGGGGGGAUCUGCUAGUGCUGACAAACUACCGUGAGGAACCCGUGCGAGUUGGUGAGAUUGUGGUUUUCAAGGUGGAAGGACGAGACAUUCCAAUAGUUCAUCGCGUGAUCAAAUUGCACGAGAAGACCAAUGGAACAGUGAAGUUUUUGACGAAAGGUGAUAACAACUCGGUGGACGAUCGAGGACUCUAUGCACCCGGACAGCUGUGGCUCACAAAGAAGGACAUUGUGGGACGGGCAAGGGGUUUUCUGCCCUUUGUGGGCAUGAUAACAAUCUACAUGAACGAAUAUCCCAAUCUCAAGUAUGCCAUCCUUGGCAUUCUAGCCCUCUACGUCCUCCUUCACAGGGAAUGAAGUGCCCCUCCAAAAGGCUCUCCACUUGAAGAGUUUGCAGCAGUUUUUUGCAAGCACAAAUUUUCACAAGCUCUUACACACAACAUCAGCAGAUGAAUCUACCAUCAAUGUAUUCCCAAAUUCAAAUUUCAAUGAAUAAUAAAGAGAAGAAAAAACAGGAUACAAAAAA